GUUGACACCACCGGCCAUCCAGCAGAUCCCCACAGAGCAGCCUCGACCGCCGUAUUCAGAGAUCCCAGCUCUCCCAGUUCCUGUUUCCGCCGCAGCCUUUCUACUCAAUUUUCUGGAGCAACAAAUCUCGGCUGCCGCCGCGUCAGACCCCAGUCUCCGCAGCCCCGGUCGGAUGCCGCUGGAAGCCGGUGUAUCAUGUCACGGAAACAACUCCAAUAAAAGAAUCCUGUGGGACUGGAAGGAAACAACAAGACGGUGUGGGCCAUCUGGUCAACACAGAGCUGGGUGGAGGGGAGGAGUCACCAAACGAGACAUCGAAACACAGACAUCAGAGCAUGCUAGCCAUGCUUUAGCACACGCAGGAAAGGCUGGUUGAUCGCUGGAGAAACACCUGCUGCUUUUUCUUACGCACCCCUGAGCCACAAACACACACGUCUCCCUCUCAUCUGUCAUUUUCUGUACACCAUCCCUGCAAAGAUGCCGAUGCCAAGGGUGGCGCUGUGGCACUUGUGGUGACGGGGCACAGAGUGUGUGUGCACAUCCGGCAGGCAGGCCGGUGGGUCGGUUGGUGUACAGGCACACCAAGAGGCAUUUCUGGGUGGGCAAGGUUGCACCAUGCGGCCCUGGGCGGGUUCAUGGCGUUGGAUUACCCUGGUGCUGUUGGCCUGGGGCACGCUCCUUUUCUACAUUGGUGGCCACUUGGUGAGGGACAGCGAACACCCAGAGCGGUCCAGCCGGGAGCUCUCCAAGAUCCUGGCCAAGCUAGAGCGGCUCAAGCAGCAGAAUGAAGACCUGCGGCGCAUGGCCGAAUCGCUCAGGAUACCAGAGGGUCAGGCCGAAGCCGGGUCCCUCGCUGCAGGGAGACUGCGCUCCCUGGAGGACCAGCUAACCAGAGCCAAACAGAAGAUCCACAGCUUCCAGAAACUCACUGGAGAUGGCCCAGGGCCCACUCAGGAGGAGCUGCGGAGGACAGUGGAGAACGGUGUUAAGGAAUUCUGGUACUUUGUUCGCAGCGAGGUGAAGAAAUUGGCCAACGCCGAGCUCAGCGAGAGGCAGAAGUAUGCUGACACGCUCCUGCAGGACCUGGGACACCAGGAGAGGUCCAUCAUGACAGACUUGUACUACCUCAGCCAGGCGGACGGAGUGGGCGAGUGGAGAAUAAAGGAAGCUAAAGACCUGUCGGAUCUGGUCCAGAACAGAAUCACGUACCUACAGAACCCACCAGACUGCAGUAAGGCGAGAAAGCUGGUGUGUAACAUUAACAAGGGCUGUGGUUAUGGCUGCCAGCUCCACCAUGUCGUCUACUGCUUCAUGAUCGCUUAUGGCACCCAACGCACGCUCAUCCUGGAGUCCCACAACUGGCGCUACGCCCCCGGCGGCUGGGAGACCGUCUUCCUGCCUGUCAGUAACACCUGUACUGACCGCUCUGGGGCCACCACUGGGCACUGGUCAGGAGAGGCCCACGAUAAGGACGUCCAGGUUGUGGAGUUGCCUAUCGUGGACAGUCUCCACCCUCGGCCCCCCUACCUGCCCCUGGCGAUCCCUGAGGACCUGGCCCCGCGCCUGCACCGUCUGCACGGCGACCCCUCCGUCUGGUGGGUUUCCCAGUUUGUCAAGUACCUGGUACGCCCACAGACAUGGCUGGAGAAGGAGAUCCAGCAGACCACCGCCAAGCUGGGCUUCAAACACCCCAUCAUCGGAGUCCAUGUGAGGAGGACAGAUAAAGUGGGGACGGAGGCGGCCUUCCAUCCCAUAGAGGAGUACAUGCUGCAUGUGGAGGAGCAGUUCCAAAAUCUGGCCCGACGUGUCCACAUCGACAAGAAACGAGUUUACUUGGCCACUGACGAUCCAUCCCUGCUGCAGGAAGCAAAGACCAAGUAUCCAGACUAUGAGUUCAUCAGUGAUAACUCCAUCUCGUGGUCGGCAGGCCUUCACAACCGCUACACUGAGAACUCACUGAGAGGAGUCAUCCUGGACAUCCACUUCCUGUCUCAGACCGACUUCCUGGUCUGCACCUUCUCCUCCCAGGUCUGUCGUGUGGCCUAUGAGAUUAUGCAGACGCUGCAUCCAGACGCUUCCUCCUUCUUCUAUUCCCUGGAUGAUAUCUACUACUUUGGAGGUCAAAAUGCCCACAACCAGAUCGCCAUCUACCCCCACCAGCCGCGCAACAGCGAGGACAUUCCCCUGGAGCCCGGAGACGUGAUAGGCGUGGCCGGCAACCACUGGGACGGAUACUCCAAAGGCAUCAACCGCAAACUGGGCCGCACCGGCCUCUACCCUUCCUACAAGGUGAAAGAGAAAAUCGAGACCGUGAAGUACCCGAUGUACCCCGAGGCAGACAAACUGCUCAACUCUCAAAAGAAGUAGAAGAAGAAAUGAAAAAAAAUAAAAGAAGAGAAGGAGUGAGGAGAAACACGCAGACUCCGAUUCCAGGGAAGGAGGCUGCUUUUGUACAGAAGAGAGAGGCGUACUUAGUGCGCAAAGCUGGGAAGAAAAGAAAAAGCCUGUACCCAGGGCUGAUAGGAAUGAAAAGGCACUCUGUGUGUUUAUGUGAGAGCGUGCGUGUGUGUAUGUAUGUAUGUGUGCGCGGACGUGUGUGUGUGUGCACUUGUGUAAAUGCCUGUGCAUAUGUCAGGUCAUGGAAGACUUGCGCCCUACCACUCCUCCCCCCUGCCCGAUGCUCUGGCGUCGGGUCUGUAGAGAUGUAGACGUGAACAUUGAUUUUAAAUAAAGCGAGAAAACAAUUCAAAUCUACACAACUGACCGAGCUCGCUCUCCCAAGACAACACUGGGACUACUGUAAGACUCGCACACCCCCAGAGUGAGCUUCGAAUCAAUGACUGGAAAAAAAGAUGACAAACUGGGGGGGAAAAAAAGUGUUUUGAUUUUUAUUUAAUUCUUUCCAGUGGUUUUGAUUCUAAUCUUGCCUUUUAUUUCUUUUUCUCCUGUUUUGUUUACUGAAUGUACUGUAUCCUCUUCUUGCCAUGCUCACCGCUGCCCCCCUCCCCCACACUCCUCCUGCUUCCCUCACUGUGCUUCCUCCAUCUCGUCUUUACAUGUGCAAUUAAUUUUAAAAUACCAUAUUGUGCUUUUAUUGAGUGUUUUUAAACGGUCUUAAUUUUGUGCGUAUGGGGCUUGUGGAUUGUAUACUGUACAGUGUGUUUGCGUGCGUGGAUGGAUGCGUGCGUGAUCAGGUGUGCCUGUGUGUGCUGUUUAAGUCUAAGGGGCCAUGUCACGGCCUGAUUAAUGGUGAGCAGUGUGUGUGUUUUUAUUCCUGGCUUUCCUCCUGACUGAAUAGUGUUUGUGUGGCCAGCAGGAGACUGGCAGUGACAGCAGGGACUGUCCUCAGCCCCUCCAGCACUUAGAACAAUGGUGAACUCCAGUCACUCUGCUGGUGACCUCUAGUGAACAAUGGUAAGAUUAUGUGGAGUAUGGUGAACUCAUGGUGCACGCACACACACAGACACAGGAGCCGUCCCGAGGCUCACCAAAAGAAGCACUCCACUGAGAUAAUGUCCUUUUCGGCAUCUCUGCUGUCUCUUCUGUCCAUCUGUUUGUUUGUUUAUUUUUUAUUUUUUACUUUUAACAUUGCUGUUUUAAAAUAAAUGAGGAAAAAUAUGCCUAUGUUUAAAAAAAAAUAAUAAUAAUAAUAAUGCUAUGUCAUAUCAAACUCAGAGUCCCCAUCAUGAAGGCUUUUUUUUUCAUAACUUAUGUUCUUGGGCAUUGUCUUUGAUAACCACAGAUCGAAUAAACUUGAGAAACCAACACGGCAUUUAUUUUCCUUUCGGUCUGAUUCCGUUCGCCAUCUGCUCCUUCUCUAUCUCUUAACGGGCAGCACCUGCUCGUUCAAUCAGGCUGAAUAUGCUUCAACUGCAUUACACACAUUCCAAACUGGGAAUCAAGGCUUUUUAUAUAUUUGAAGAGUUCAUUUCCUGAAGGGUAUCAUCUAUUUUUGAAGAAUAACAGUCAUUACCUGAAGUUCAUCUUUUGAUAUCGCCACAAAAAGGAGGACCCUGCUUCUGAAAUUGAUAUCAUUUUGGCAUCCCAGGAUUAGAGCUACACUCUUACCUUCAGAAGUACCAGUAGUUUGUUUUAUUAAUCAUUCAGUAAGACUGUGAAUCCAUUUUAUACUCAUUACAGAGCAAAAACUCUUAAAUCUGUCUUGGAUUUACAUUUCAAACUGAAGACCGAGAUCAGUACCUUCAACAGAGACAUUACCGUCCUUCAUUUAAAUAUUCCUUGUGACAGCUACAUGACAUUUCUGCCCCAAAUACCAAACAUUUGUCUCUAUGUAGCCAAAACGCACCCGUAGACUUCCUGCUUUCAUCUAGUGUCCUACUUCCUACUUCCUGCAUGUCUCAAUCGUUUAUGAUCUCGUUCUCUGUGUCUUAUUUAUGGGCUGUCUUGUUACUUUCUUACUGAGGGGGCUCUGGGAGUUUCAUUACAGAUCCCUCUUUAAUUUCGACGCUGAUCUGCAUGCUUCGUUGGAUGCCCAUAAGGAAAGCCGCGGAGAUGAGCUUUUUUGGGUGUGCAAGGGAGAAUGAUAGUUUUAUUGGGGUAUUUUUUUUUCUGCCCGACAACAAUCUGCAACCAAUUUAGCCCACGUUGACAAAGCGUUCACAAUGCACAUGCAGCGUACAGCAGUUCAUUAACCAUCUCUCUUCACUGGGAAAGAGUCCCUCAUGGGCUUUAUAAAUGCACACGCUAACUGGAGGGCACUUUAAUUAAAAUGCACUCUUUGCUGUCACAGUGGCCUGUAACAGUCGUUUAAAAGAGACGUUAGUUCAGUUAAUUAUUCUGUUAAUUGGACACUGCUCCUGAUAGAGAGCAUUCAGGUUUUCAGCAGGCUGGUUUCUUUCUCUGCAUUAGUGGUUUAGAAAAAUCUAAGCUCAUUGAGAGCAGAGAGAGUCCUCCUACAUGAAGUUGUGUGUGUUGAAAGCCUAGGGAACCUGUCCCAUCUGAGUGCCUCAUCCAUUUCCAAACGCAUGUGUCAACCGGUUAAGUUGUUUUCAUGUGUACAAGUCUCCGUCUUAAAGCAAUACUCACAUAGCCAUAGGUGCAUAGAAAGAGUUACUGGUUGCUUCCUUCUUUCCAUACUGGUCAUGAGGAGAUCCUUCUCCUAAGGUAGCCUGGCUUACCGGAUGUACAGUGCUGAGAUAAAACCGCAGGAUGUCAGGCUUUCUCCUCCACUUCCUCUAUCUCCACUAUCUAUUUUGCAAGGGCACCACUGCAGCAUCCGGGCUUAGCGUCACCCAAGACAAUUGUGAUUGGUUCAAAGAAAUACAAACGAGCCAGAGCGUUUUUUUUCCCCCAUCCCAGAAAUUUAACUCAUGCAGAAUUUUGUCACCGAUCUCUUACAGUGUAGUCACCUUAGAGAUGAUUCACUUCACAGCCUGUAUGAACAAUUACAGUGACCAAUAACUAUUGCAAUGUACAUGUGGGCAUGUGAGUGUUUCUUUAAGACAAAUUAGAAAAAGUGUUAACCUGUCCUUUAAUGCUUCAAGAACAUGGACCAAGAUUUCAAUGUGGCGGUGUAACUCUGAUGGAAUUCAUAUAAUAUAGAGAUAAGUGGGUACGCCAUCGCCUUGUGGAAUUCUAAUCUUGUAAAGGGCAGCUGAAUUAAUUCUGACUGACUCAAUGAAAAAGGGAGAGGAAAUGGAAAAUGAUUAUUGUAGUCCGUGCCGGCUCCAAUCAGUACUCUGGUGGCGCAGCAGUAACAAGUCGUGUCUGCCCUACGGUACCUGGCCCACAUCAAAGCUGAGGGGAGGAACUCGAACAAGGAACUGUUGGGUUUUCACGAGGCAAAGAAGAUUGUGGGGUGUGAAUCUUACUCCUCUUCACCUUAAAUCAACUCAGCAAUCUGCCGCAGUUUGGCUUUUAUUAGCUCAGUUUUUUUUAAUCCCACCUGUUGUUUCAACUCACUUUAAACCUGAUUCUAUAAACCUGAUUCUUGGCACAGAGCAGGGCCAACUUAAGCCACUGGGAAGUACAUCAUUACUCAGAGGAACAAAGGCAUUUUGCUUGGCACACGUACUGUACUUAACUGUGAUCCCUGCUGUGAAUCCAAUAAAUCAGUGUUUCUAAUGGAGUGCUGACACACCUGA